CGCGACUUAUACUAGCGGCGCGCAUCGUAUCUGCGCCUGAGCUCAACUCUUGGACCCUGAGCGCAUCGCCAUUACUGGUAAACAUAUUCGACGCGUCUGCUUAUAUACCUGCGCUUUUCUCUCGCUGUCCAACAUCGCUCGCGAUCGGCUACUACCAUGGCCGCCGAAUACCAACAACAUGAGGACCCCAGUGGCGUGAUAGGCAUUGGGGCCGGGCCUCAGGUCAUCAGCACCUCGGGCGUGGUGGAUGUCAUCAUGGGACCGCUCCUCAACUACAGACGCACCAGCAACCAGCAGGCCGGGCAGCCCGUCUGGCAUGGCAGUGUCCUGAUUGUUACUACGCCUGGCCAACAGAACCCGAACGAGGCACAGCCGAACCCCCAGCUUGUGCUUUCACCAGCUGGUCCCGUCGACAGGAACAUUGGCGACGUGAGGUUCAGCGUAGAUGCGCGCACCUUUCACGGCGAGAAGCUGUAUGAAGACAGCAAGAGGGCCUUCUGGCGCUUCCGUAUCGAUGCGCCCAUGCAGCCAUUCGAGUCGAGAUGGCGUUACGAUAUCCAGAACCUCAAGUACACCGACACCCAGAAGGAGGAGAAGCCGCAGAACUUCGUCGUACCUUCGAUUACACAGUCGAUGCGUAUCAUGUUCCACUCCUGCAAUGGCUUCAGUGUAGGCACUGAUAUGGACGUCUGGUGUGGACCUGUACUGUGGAACGACGUUCUACGCAUGCACGACCAGCGACCCUUCCACGUCAUGAUCGGAGGAGGCGACCAGAUCUACAACGAUGGAGUGCGAGUAGACGGCCCUCUCAAGCCUUGGACCGAUAUCCACAGCCCCCAUAAGCGACGAGAAUUCCCCUUCGGUCAGCAAAUGCGUGCCGACUGUGAUGAAUACUAUUACAAUAACUACGUUAGAUGGUACAGCCACGCACCCUUUUCUACGGCCAACAGCCAAAUCCCUCAGGUAAACAUCUGGGAUGACCACGACAUCAUCGAUGGUUUUGGCUCAUACACUGACCACUUCAUGAACUGCGCCGUCUUCCGCGGUAUUGGUGGUGUUGCACACAAGUACUACCUCCUCUUCCAGCAUCAUCUUGCUCCUCCAAAGAGCACUUUCACGACCGAUGCGCCGCAGACGACCGAUGUAAGCGGCCAGGGAGAAGGAACAACGCCCGCCGAUCCUGCCCAAGUGCAAAACACUUUCGUCAUGACCAACGACGAGGGCGACCCAUCAUACCUCAUAGGCUCAAAGCCUGGCCCAUAUGUUGAGGAACGUAGCCGUAGUAUCUUCUGUCAGCUAGGUGCGCGCAUUGCCUUUGCUGGUAUUGAUGCUCGAACAGAGCGUACUAGGCAUCAGGUCAACUACCCCGAGACUUACAAGAUGCUCUUCGAUCGUCUGGAUGCUGAGUUCACUGCAAACCCAGAGCUCAAGCACAUGAUCUUGCUGCUUGGUGUCCCAAUCGCUUACCCUCGUCUGAUCUGGCUCGAGAACAUCUUGCAGUCACCCCUGAUCGCACCCAUCAAAUUCUUGAACAAGCGCUUCGGCUUCGCUGGAGGCUUCUUCAACCAGUUCGACGGCAAAGUCGAUUUGCUCGACGACUUGGAUGAUCACUACACUGCGCGCCAACACAAGGAGGAGCGUCGUAACCUCAUGCACAGUCUGCAGGCCUUCUCUAAGAAGUUCUCCGUGCGUGUCACCAUUCUCGGUGGAGAUGUACAUCUAGGAGCCAUUGGGCGUUUCUACACCAACCCCAAGACACAUCAGAUCCCUGCCGAAGCAGACCACCGCUAUAUGCCCAACAUCAUUAGCUCUGCCAUUACCAACAAGCCUCCACCACAAGCCGUCGCAAACCUGCUCGCCCGCCGAAACAAGAUCCACCACCUUGACAAGGAAACUGACGAGACGCUCCUUGAGAUCUUCGACCGCGAUCCGGCCCUGCCCGACGGCGUCAACGCGACAAACGGUACUUCUACCGCCCAGAUCAAUGGCGAUGGCAAGGACGGAAAGAUCGAACCCAAGACUUCCGCCGCCAACCACGCCACAAUGCCCUCCCGCAACUACGCCAUCAUCUGCGAAUCCAAUAUUCCCACUCCCUCGACCCUCGGUGUACCGCCCGGCUCCGCCCCUUCCAUCCACACCAACAACACCGCCGCGUCCAAGGUCUCUGCUGCUCCCGGCAAGAAGGACAACAUGCGUCUGGGCUUCCAUAUUGGUGAAGAGAAGGCUGGUACUCAGCAUCCCGCUGCUAACGGUAUCGUACCCUCCGGUCUGUGUGGACCGUAUGGGUUGGACGUCACACUUAGGGUGGAGAUUAGCAACCAAGAUCGGGAGGGAAGGACGGAUGGGUAUGGGUUUAGCAUUCCGGCGCUGGAUUGCUCAGCUUAUGCUGAUCGGGAUGCGAAGUGGUAGAUGCGUGUAUCCUGAGGGAGGGAGAGCUUGGAUGGUGAACAGAAGGGGGUUGGAGGGGUAGAUAAAGAGGCGCCACGGUGGAGGUUACUGGUUGAUGAUACUUUGCUUUCUUGUUUUGGUCUAUACCCUCUCGAAAGUCGCUUGGCUUAACGCCAUGAUGUGUAGUAGUUAAUAAGUGUUUAGUCUGUAAUGUUACCCCUUAAUUGGGU